AUGCCGCAAACCACAACAACAAAAAAGAGUCUUCCCCCUCUCUACACCUACACAAUCGCCUACAUCACUGCCCUGCCUAAAGAACAAACCGCCGUCCUGGCCACUCUCGACACCAUCCACCACCAGCACAUCCCAACCCCCGCAAGCGACAAAAACACCUACACUCUCGGCUCCAUACCACCGCACAACAUCGUCCUAACCUGCCUCCCCACCAUGGGAACAACCUCCGCCGCGAGCGCAGUGACAUCACUUCUGCACACGUUCCCAUCCAUCAGAUUCGUUCUGCUCGUUGGAGUGGCGGGCGGUAUUCCGAGGAAUGGGGUACGGUUGGGUGAUGUGGUUGUGAGUGUGCCGGUCAGUGGUGGGUACGGGGGUGUGGUGGGGUGGGAUAUGGGGAAGUUAGUGGCUGGGGGAAAGAUAGCAAUGCAACAUGCUGGAGGGAGCUUGAAUCGGCCGGGGAGUAAGUUGCUUGGGGCGGUGAAUCGGUUGAGGAGCGAGUAUGAGUUGUAUGGGGUUGGGGUGGGCAGGGUUCUGGGGGAUUUGGAAGGGAAUGGUGGACUGGGUCUGGGGAAGGAGUUUACGAGGGGUGAGGGGUUGAGCGAUCCGGUUGUUAUUCGGGACAGAGAUGGGGAUGGAGGGAGGUGGUGGCUGUGGGGUGCUUUGGGGAGGAUGGUUUGGGGGAUUAUUGGUGCUAUUCUGGUAUGUGUUUUUGGGUUUGCUUCGGAGGGUAUGAGAAUUAGGGUGGAGGAGGGGAGGAAGAAGAGGGCAGGGGGUGUAAUUGGUGAAGAGACGAAAGUUAAGAAGCAGGUAACUGUGCACUAUGGACUUAUUGCAUCUGGGAACUGGGCUGUGAGGGAUGCCAAGGCUCGAGAUGCACUCAAUAAGAGGUUUGAUGGGCAGUUGCUCUGUAUAGAGGACAGUGGAGCUGCCGGGGUGAUGAAUGAGAUUCCGAGCAUUGUCAUCUGUGGGAUUUCAGACUAUGCGGACGCGAGUGCGAAUGAGGAUUGGCAGGCAUAUGCUGCUACUGUGGCUGCGGCUUAUGCGAAGGAGCUGCUGAGGUUCUUGCACCCGUGUGUUGACGAUAUGGAGAUGCUUUACCGUUCUAGGGCUGGGGUUGAGAAUGGUAAGUGGGUACUUUAUCAUUUUUUCCUCGUAUGA